GGAGUUCAUACUGUUGGGAUUUUCAGAGAGCCAUGAAAUACAGUGCCUACUCUUUGCGUUGUUUUUACUUUUCUACCUCGUAGCCCUGGCAGGAAACAUUCUCCUGCUCAUCACACUGGCUGCUGAGUGGAGCCUUCAUACCCCCAUGUACUUUUUCCUGGGUAAACUCUCCUUCCUCGAGAUCUGCUACACAACCAACAUAUUCCCCUGUAUGUUAGCCAGCUUCCUUGCUGAGGCAAAAUCGAUCUCUUUCAAUGGCUGUAUGGCCCAGUUUUAUCUGUUCGGUUCCUUGGGUGGUACCGAAUGUCUCCUCCUGUCCAUGAUGUUGUACGACCGGUAUCUAGCCAUAUGCAAUCCGCUCCGCUAUGCAGCUGUUAUGAGCAGGGGCGUGUGCCUUUGCCUGGCAGCUGCCUCCUGGAUCAGUGGCUUUGUGAUUGCCUUAGUGACUAUUCUGUUCAUGUUGAGCUUAACAUUCUGCGGCCCCAAUGAAAUAGAUCAUUUUUUCUGUGAUUUCACCUCGCUCCUGAAGCUGGUCUGCUCAGAUACUUACCUCUUCGAAAAGGUCCCCUUCUUCUUGUCUUCCACUCUGACACUGGUCCCCUUUUUGUUAACCAUGGUGUCCUAUAUUUAUAUCCUAUCUGCCAUUCUCAACUGCCUGUCCACCGCCAGGUCACAAAAGGCCAUCUCCACUUGCUCAUCUCACCUUAUAGUAGUCACCACGUUCUACGGGACUCUGAUUGCUAUGUACAUGGUACCAGCUGCUGACCACUCCCUAAAUCUGAAUAAAGUCUUCUCCAUCUUCUAUACCAUGGUUACCCCCCCCCCAUGGCGAAUCCCCUCAUAUAUAGUCUGAGGAACAAGGAAGUACGCGAAGCCCUGAAGAGGCUGGUAGGUAGAACAUUUGCUUCUUGUUGGAAACAAAAGAGUGGGAAGAUGUGACUUCCCAAAAUGGUAUUGUGUCCUUUAUUCUUAAUUAGACAUUUAACUCCAUGAAGGCAGGAAUAUUUCUGUUGGUUAUAACACAGUAGUUGGCUGGGAGUAUAGGAAAUAUGUGUUCAGUUCUUAGAUCUGUCAAUGAGUCACUGUGUGACCUUUGGUAUUUCAAAUAACCUCUCUAUGACUCAGUUUCCUCCUCUAUAAUACUGCCUUAUUCCUUUAAUAGUUAUCUGACACCUGUAACGAAGUGGGGGUGAUGUUUUUAAUGUUUUGUCUGACUAGUGUGUGUGCCUCAGUUUCCCCUGUGUGUUACCCCAGUAUCUAUGUGGUGGGACAAGGGUGUGUUGAUCAUUGCAGAGAUGCCUAGCGGACAGGUGUGACUGUCAUCUGGCUGCCUGGGCACAGACAAUGGCUGACACUCUGUAUCCUGACAACUCUGCAAGAGUCAGCUGGAGGUGUUGGAGAACAAAGCAAGAAGUGGAAGCCAGGUGACCAGUUUGCCCGGGAAAGAGACAAAGGAUGUAGGAGGGGCAACUGGACAUGACUGAGGGUGGGCUGCUAGAAGUGAGCCAGUUUCCUUUUGGGACUCAGGGGAGAGCCCAGGGCUCUGGAUUCCCCAAGAUGGACUUUGCUGAGCUUCUGUGCUACCAAUAUCUGUUCUACGCUGUGUCCCAGUUGACUA